GCGGGCGGGGACGGUGCGGGGCUGUCUGAGGCGAGGCGAGGGAUGCCCGGGGGAAGCCGUCCCCCGCCGGGCCCCCGGCCUUUGUUCGUUGCCGGAGGGAGCGCGGGGGCAAAAUGGAGGCGCUCCCCGGCGGGGGGCCCUCCUCGGGCCGCCCCCCUCAGCCGGUCGCUGCUGGGUGCCCGUCGACUUUUCUGGGCGCUUUCUUCUCCUCCUCGUCCCGGUGAGGCGGGACGGGGCGCAGCCCUGAGGGGAUGAGGCGGCCGGGAGCAGGCGGCUUGGCACCGUCGGCGCCGGGAGGAAGGCACCGGGAGGGCUCCCGGAGGCGGUGCGGGCACCCGCGGAGGGAAACUUGAGGGGAAGAGCUUGUGCGAUGAGCUGCCUCGCCGAAGAGCUAAGCUGUGCUUUACAGAACAUGGCCCGAUAAUGCCUUCACUUAGGCUCUAGCCCAGUUAAAAAUCAAGGAAAAAUGGCUUUCCAGCCUGACAUUGCUGCCGAGGGCCACAGCAGCCUCACGGAUGGAGAGGCACUGGGUGUGCUGGCUGUUUGGGAGCAGCGGGUGGGCACAGCCACAGCUGAGAUAGUUUCUUCACUUUUCUAGGCUUGGUUCUGUCAUUGACCUCUAGUGUGCCUGUAGGCAAUCUCCUGUCCCUUCACUUUUCCAUCUAAAAUGGUUUCCUGCAUCCUACAGCUGCUCAGCAUGUCUUGGCUGCUCCCACUCUGUGCGCUCUGACCAUGAGCAGCAAUUCCUCCCUCAGCAACGCGAAUGGCCUGAGGAACCUCACCGCGCAGGAGGACGGCGCAGUCAGAGUCACUGAGUCCAUUGCUAUAAUCAUCAUUGCUAUUUUCAUCUGUUUGGGCAACCUUGUGAUUGUCGUCACCCUCUAUCGGAAGUCUUACCUUCUCACAUUGAGCAACAAGUUUGUGUUCAGCCUGACACUCUCCAACUUUCUGCUCUCUGUAUUGGUGCUACCUUUCGUUGUCACCAGCUCCAUCAGGAGGGAAUGGAUCUUUGGAGUCGUUUGGUGCAAUUUCUCAGCCCUGCUCUACAUGCUGAUCAGCUCAGCCAGCAUGCUUACUCUUGGACUCAUAGCUAUAGAUCGGUACUAUGCUGUCCUGUACCCUAUGGUUUACCCAAUGAAGAUUACAGGCAACAGAGCAGUGGUAGCUCUCGUGUAUGUGUGGCUACACUCCCUUAUUGGCUGCCUCCCUCCUCUCUUUGGCUGGUCGUCUUUGGAAUUUGACCAGUUCAAGUGGAUGUGUGUGGCCGCCUGGCACAAAGAGGCUGGUUACACUGCCUUUUGGCAGAUCUGGUGUGCGUUGCUACCUUUUGUGAUCAUGAUGAUCUGCUAUGGGUUCAUAUUCCGUGUGGCUAGGAUUAAAGCCCGCAAAAUCCACUGUGGUAGCGUUGUCAUUGUGGAGGAGGACUCCCAGAGGAACGGGAGGAAGAACUCCAGCACCUCCACGUCCUCCUCGGGCAGCCGAAGGAACACUUUCCAAGGGGUUGUCUACUCUGCAAACCAGUGCAAAGCCUUCAUAACCAUCUUGGUUGUCAUCGGCGCUUUUGUUAUCACAUGGGGGCCUUACAUGGUAGUAAUUACAUCGGAGGCACUUUGGGGAAAAAACAGUAUUUCCCCUGCCUUGGAAACAUUAGCUACAUGGUUGUCCUUUUCCAGUGCUAUUUGCCACCCGUUAAUUUACGGACUGUGGAACAAAACGGUGCGCAAGGAACUACUAGGAAUGUGCUUUGGGGAUCGGUAUUAUCGCGAGUCCUUUGUUCAGCGGCACAGGACUUCGAGGUUAUUCAGUAUUUCCAAUAGGAUCACAGAUUUGGGACUGUCCCCUCAUCUUACUGCCCUCAUGGCAGGCGGACGGCCGUUGGGAAACAGCAGUAGCACAGGAGACACAGGUUUCAGCUGUUCACAGGAUUCAGGAACAGAGGCAAUGCUUCUUGAAGAUUAUAGCUCAGAUGGCCCUUCUGUCCCACACUGCCUCUGUCCUCCUCGAAGGAGGAGUUCUGUGACAUUUGAAGAUGAAGUUGAGCAAAUUAAAGGUGGGCUUAGGGAAGUUGCAAAGAAUUCUGUUCUUCACGUAAAAGCUGAAGUCCAUAAAUCUCUGGACAGUUAUGCAUCCAGUUUAGCCAGGGCUAUUGAAGCUGAUGUGAAAAUCAGCUUGUUUGGGGAAGGUGCUUUACCAGGAGCUCUGUUCCCUGUGCGGACUCUGCCGGGAAGCAGCAUGAACACACGGCGUGGUAUCAGGCCCCAUGCUAGCCAAAGACUUCAACUGCAGAGCAUCGAUGAAGGGAAUAUUUGACAGGAGAACUAGAGGAAAAAAAAGAUGGAACAAAACCACUAAGCGGGACCUACUCUGUCUACUACUGUUUUAACAGAAACAGGAUACCUUGUUGGGAUGUUUUCAGUGUUUUUUCAACACUUGAAAGCCAGUUGAAUUCUGGUACUUGCAUCAGCAUUUUGCAGCAGUUUUUGCUUACUGUUUAGGGUGCUAUUGACUCUUUUGUGCCAUGUCUUAAAUCUAUCACACAAGGCAUAGGAAUGCAGGGUUUGGUUUCAUCAGCCAAAUCAUUAGUCCAUCAAAUCUCGUGUCCAUUUUUGGCUGAAGCUGAUAGAGGAAUGAAAAAGGACAAGUAUGUGCAGUAUUUAAAUAACAACUGUAG